AUGUUUAUUGUGUUAUUGGUUCUACUACUACAAUUUUUUGGCUAUGUAAAUGGCGAAGAUGAGCUUCAUAAUUUAAAGGAGUGUGAUAUCUACCAUGGAAAAUGGGUUUAUGACGAUUCAUAUCCUCUUUACAACUCAAGUCAAUGUUUUCAUCUAAAUAUGCAUUUCGAUUGCCAACAAAAUGGUCGUCCAGAUCAACAAUAUCUCAAAUAUAGAUGGAAACCAUUUGCAUGUGACCUACCAAGGUUUAGUGGUAAGGAUUUGUUGGAGAGAAUGAGAAAUAAAAGGAUAACAUUUAUUGGGGACUCAAUAAGCUUAAAUCAGUGGCAAUCUUUCAUAUGCAUGCUUCAUUCACACCAUCCUCAUGCCGCAUUCACUCGAGACAACGAUCAUGGUUUCACUCAAUUCACCUUUCUGAAUCACAACGUCUCAGUGGGAUUUUCAUGGAAUGCAUUGUUGGUAGAAAAAGAGAGCACCUCUUAUGGAGUAGUCUUGAAUCUUGGUUCCAUUUCUGAUUUUGAUGCUAACAUGUGGCGACACAGUGAUGUUUUGAUCUUCAAUUCAUGGCUCUGGUGGCUUCAUAGUCGCUCUGAUAGACCGUGGGAUUUCAUUGUGGAUGGUGAUGAUUUACACAAAGACAUGGAUCGUUUGGUUGCAUACGAGAAAGCAUUAUCAACAUGGUCUCAUUGGGUGCAAAAUAACAUUGACUUUGAUAAAACCCUAGUCUUCUUUCGAGGGGAUUCACCAAGACAUCCCAAUGCUAGCGAAUGGGGGAAUAACGAUGGAAAGCAAUGCAGUGAAGAAAGAGAACCAAUAGAAGUUAGGGAAGUGAACGAGUAUCGAGAACUGAAGAAACCAGCGGGUGAAGGGAUUGUGGAGAGAAUAGUAAGAAAGAUGAGAAAGCCGGUGAGGUUGUUGGAUAUAACAAGAUUGUCGGAGCUGAGAAAAGAUGGACACCCAGGUGCUUAUGCUUCAUCUCAUCAUCAAGGCAUGGAUUGUAGCCAUUGGUGUGUCCCUGGUGUUCCUGACACUUGGAAUCACCUCUUUUAUGCCGAGCUUCUCAGAGCUUAUGUAUAAAACAAUCAUCAUCAUUAUCUAUA